AUGGAGGCAUAGCCAGUCCCAGGCUUUCUUUAGGAAGAGCUCAGCCUCCUUUCCCUCUCCAAUGCCGCGCUGCGGGGCUUGUGGAUACAAGGGGGAUGGGAGGCGCUAGAGCAGCGCACACUUUCUUUGAGGAAAGUUGGAACAUUCAGGGCUGAAGCAACAGUGCGCAACUUCUCAUCGGCCCGGAGACAGGCGGCGCAUCCGAUCGGGUCUGUGGUAUGAGCAGCUCCUCGCCCAGCUGAUGCCCCGCACACACGGAUAAAGGGAGAGAUCUGCUGUCCUUUGCUAUGGGAUGGACAAGGAAGAAGAGAAUAAAUACGUAUCCCAACUCUUGGAUGUGUUUAACAGCUGUGACACUACAGGAACUGGGUACUUAGACAAAGACGAGUUGACAGACCUCUGCCGCAAGCUCCACCUGGAUGUGCAACUUCCUCUGCUUUUACAGACGCUCCUAGGAACAGACAUCUUUGCUAGGGUGAAUUUUGAGGAGUUUAAAGAGGGCUUUGUUGCUGUGUUGUCCUCUACUAUUGACAUUAGCAUCUCUGAAGAUGAAAGCAGUUAUUUAGAACCAGUAAUCCCUGAUGAAGUGAAACCAAAGUAUGUGAAAGGCACCAAGAGAUAUGGGCGGCGAACGCAGCCUGAACAUGAAGCUGCAGAAAAUGAAGCCAACAAGUUUCUCCAAGAGCAGCACCAAGGCAAAGGCCAGAGGAAAAGUCAGCUGAAAAGGUCUUCAUCCCUGGAGAGUGUGGAGAGCUUAAAGUCAGAUGAAGAAGCAGAGAAUGGCAAGGAACCUCUGAACGAGAACUUUGAGGCACAAGGCCAGCUAAGGUCAUGGAAUCCAGAGAUCUUUGAUGGGAAAAGAAGAAAUUCAAGCCCAUGCUCGGAUAUGACAGAACACCAGGUGCGGGACAUCUGGGAGGAACUUGGUGUAGGCCAUAAUGGCUACCUCAACCAGCAAGAGCUUGCCACCGUGUGUAAAAACAUCGGACUGAAAGACCUUAGUAAGGAGGAGCUUGAGGACCUGUUUAACAAGCUCGAUAGGGAUGGAGAUGGCAGGGUGAGCUUUCAGGAAUUCCAGGAGGGGCUAUUUAGCCAUGCCCCUGUGCCCAUCUCUUCUACACCUCUCAAGCAUAGAAGACCAUGGGCAUGUUUUCAGCCCAUGGAAGACAGCAGCCGCAUGACAACUACCCCCUCGUUGCUGUCUGCUUUUGGUGGAUUACACCUUUUCUCCAGUAUUGAUGAUGGAACUGGUUUUGGGAGUCCUGAGCAGAUUAUGAUUAUCUGGGAAGAAGAAGGAAUAGAAGAUGGCAAAGAAAUUUUAACGAGCCUUGAUUUUAACCUGGGAGAGCAAGUGAACCUCCUGGAUCUCACAUCUGCUUUAGACAAUGAACUGAUUGCUACAAAGAACAGAAUACACCUGGCUGCACUGGCCUCUUACAAGAAUGAGCUGUAUCACAGACAUGGGCUUGUUGAACAGGUCACCAGGGAGAGGGACAAAAUCAAGCAGGACUUUGAGAAAGCAGAGAAAAGGAACCUGCAGUUGGCCAGUGAGGUGGAUGAUCACAACAGUGAAAUGGAGCAGCUCAAUGAAAGCAAAAUCAAGGACUUAGAGCUGGAAUACAGACAGCGGCUCUCUGUACUGCGGAUUCAGCUAGAGGGUGAGAAGGAGCAGUUUAUGCAUCAAUCAGACCAACACAGAACCAAGCUAGAGGCAGACCUAGCAAAUCUUAAGAUGGAAGAAGCUUCUCUGAGAGAGAGACUUAAUUUAUCUGUAAAGGAAAAUUCCAGGUUACAAAAGGAAAUGGUUGAAGUUGUUGAAAAACUGUCUGAAACUGAAAAUGAUGUUUUGAAACUACAGACCAAUGUAGAUGAUCUGCUGAAAGGAAAGAGACAAGUAGAUCAUCCACACAUGGAGUUCUGCAGUCAGGAGGAAAGGUUUGCAGACAUUAUCAAGGAAUAUGAAAUCCAAUGCAGGGAACUUCGCGAUCAGAAUGAUGAACUACGGAUCCAGUUGGAAACUCUGCGCUCCCAGCUCAGCGAAAGCAAAUACUCUCGUUUGUUGGCCAAGAUAAAAGACAACAAGUUGCUGCACCUAAAGGCCAAGGAAAAAAUUCACAACAACAGCCUCAGCAAUGGUUCACAUGGAAAGAAGGGGUUGUCAGCUAAGGUGAGGAGAAGUGUGUCGGCUGCAGGUGCAAAUGGACCAGUAACCAUGGAACCAGAACUGCCUCCAUCUAAUAUAGAAGCAGAGCUCACAAAACAACAGCUAAAGGAACAGCAACAGGAAAUACAGGAUCUGAAAAUAGAGUUAGAAACCAAGGUCAACUAUUAUGAGCGAGAGGUGGAGCUUAUGAAAUCCAACUUUGAAAAGGAAAGGAAGGCAACUGAGCACAGUUUCAAGUUAGAGAUCAGUGAGCUGGAGGAGCAGAGAGCUGACCUGGAGGAACUAAAUGCGAAAUAUCAGGAGGUCAUUGAUGGAUUAAAAACACAGCUCUCAAAAUCUGCUCAAUGCCAAGAGAUGGAAAAGAGGUUUAAAGAGGAGAAACUUGAGCUGGAACAGUAUUAUGCAAAGGAAUUAUCAGCACUUGGUCAGCGACUGACUGCCGAGAAGGACCAACUGGAGGAGGAGCUUAGGAGGACACAUCAGCAUGAAUUGCAGUCAAUGAGGCAAGAGGCAGAAGAAGCGCUGAAUGAAACGUUGGCAGCAAGCGAAGCUCAGUGGGCCGAGCACUGGCAGAAUUUAUUGCAGCAACACUACAAUGAAAAGAACGAGGCCUUGGAAAAGCACGAACUGGCCAAAAUAUCAUGGAGAGAGGAGCAGCUCAGGGAGCAGAAUCUCUGGGAAGAACGAGAGAGGACAUUGCUGGCCCAGUGCAAAAAGGAACAGCUUAAACAGGAGGAAAAGCAUAACGAGGAGCAAGCUCAUAUCUGCAAAACCUUUGCUAUUGAGAAGGAAGAGAUAGAAAGUCGAUAUAACAUAAAGAUUGAUCAGCUAAAGAGGGAGAUUGAGUGCUUGGUGAGUAGAGUCACCACCAUGACAACAGCAGAGAGGGGACAACCACUUGCCUGGGUGGCAGUGCAAUCUGGUGAAUGUUUGUAUGGGAACUCAGCUGAUAAAGGCAGUGUAAACAAGGCAGACAUGGGUCAUUCUGAUGAACUGUCAGAAAUGACUGGGCAGCAUAAUGUGACCCCAAAUCCACAAUGCACUCGGGUUUUAUAUCGUUUAAAGGAUGUGGAUGAAAAGCUGUCUCUGUUGAAAGGAACAGAGGAGAGCACAGAGGUAAAGCUACACAAGAUGGAGUGUGUGGUUUUCUCAUUAAGAGCUCAGCUGCAGGAUGACAUGAAAGAAAUAGAGGCUCUUUUGAAAAAACAGAACUACUUGGAGGAAGAAAAAGCACAAUUAGGCAGCCGGCUAGAAGCCAUGGAGGAAGAGCACCUUUUGUCUGAGGCUAAACAGCAUCAACUGAUGGUUCAACUGCAGGAGAAAUCCGACUUCAUCAAAGAGCAGGAUUCCAAGCUCCAGCACAUUUCCAAAGACAAGGAGGAACUUGAGAAACAGGUGGCGGCGCUCACAGGAGAGGCAGUGCAAUUGGAACACAAGCUAAACGCAUUUAGUGGCAAGUAUCAGGAGAUGACAGCCUGCCUGUCAGAAACUAUUGAAGGAAUACACUCAGAACAAAAUGUCUGCCAUACACCGGAUGGUAUUCCUGCAAAUGACAGCGUCUUCAUAGAGGAGCUUCUUGCAAGAAAUGUGUCGUUGUCUCAGCAACUGAAUGACAAAGAGGAAGAAGUAUGUAUCUUACAAAGGAAAAUAAAUAUAAUGGUCAGACGGUUGCAGGAGCUGGAAAUAGAGGCACAUAAAUACCCCUCUGGUGCAGAGGAUGAGAGCCAGAAGGCGAGAGAUUGUGUUAUAGACAAGCUUGUUGAGCUGGAAGACUUGGUGCGGCAGUUGGAGAGAGAAACCAAUGCAAGUCAAGAUGACAGGCUGGAGCUCUGUCGCCUGACUGAGGAUAACUGCUUGUUCAGAGAAAAAGUGGAACGGCUGCAGCAAGAGGUUCAUGACUUUGAGGAUCAAACUAACAAGCAUAGGAAGGAGGUGGAACAAUUAAAGAAUGAAAAAGAGCAGUUAGUUUGUGAGCUGAAGGAGCUUAAUAAACAGAGUCAUAAAUGUCAAGAGGAAGUAUGCCUGCUGAACGCUCAGAACCUUCAGUUGAGUACUGCCAUUUCGGACCUUACUGGGCAGAACAAAGAGAACCAGGAAACAAUCAAGCAGUUAUCCAGUAGUCUGAGUGACAUGGCCCGGCAGAAGGAAGAAGCAACUGAUUCUAUGACAAAAUUGCAAGAAAUGAUCUGUUGUCUUGAGAAAGCAAAUGUCCAGCAGGAGGCAGAGGGUCAGCGACAGAGAGACUGGCUGGAGCAAGAUCUGCAGAAGUUAAAUGAUGAGAAUCAGAAAUACCAGGAUGAGUUGAACAGGCUGAAUGCACAGACCCAACAGCUGAACAGCACCAUUGCUGAUCUGAGUGCUUGGAAAAUGGAGAACCAGGAAACCAUGCAGAAUUUAACCAGCCACCUAAGAGAAGUGACCCAGCAGGAAGAAGCGGCACAAGCUGAAGGGACGCGACUGCACAAAGUACUAAGUGCUCUGGAGAGCGAGAAACUUCAGCUGGAGUCACAAUGGGAAAGAGAUAGGAAUCGGCUUGAGCACGAGCUGGAAGUGUCGAAAGAGGAGUGCCAGAGAUACCGGGAGGAGCUGCACCAACUGAAUGCACAGAGCCUGCAGCUGAGCUCUUCUGUAUCUGAUCUAAGCGCCCAGCAUGCUGGCAACCAGGAGGCCAUUCAGCAGCUCAGCAACAGGCUGAGAGAGGUGACCAAGCAGAAGGAAGAUGCAGUGGCUGCUGUGGAACAACUGAGAGAUGUGAUAAAUACUCUGGAGAGAGAAAAGCUUCAGCAUCUGGGGGCAUGGCAGCAAGAGAGAAACCAGCUGGCUCAGCAGCUGCACACGUCCAAUGAAAAGAUGGAAAAUCAGAUGCAGAAGCACAUAAAAGAGAAGGAAGGACUCCUGAGUGGGUUACAUGAGAGCAACAAACAGCUUUCUGUCAUGGACUCUUUCCAGGAAGCAAAUACAUCUCUCAGGCAAGAAAAGCAGUCUUUAGAGGAGCAGUGUCACAAUCUAACCACACAACUGAAGGAUGCAGCUGCCCAGGCCAUGCAGAUGCUCAAGCUGGAAAGUGACCUUAAGGCGGCUCAUGAGGAGAGCCAAACGCUGAAGAGGAACCAGGCACAAUUACGAGAGACACUGGCUGAAUGUCAGGAUCAGUUGCUGGAAGCUAAUAGCAAACUUACCCUUGAGCAGUCACAGCAUAUGCGGCAAGUUCAGCAGUUAAAAGAGCGGGUCAGCUGCGCGGUUCCUGUGGAGCAGGUGACUGAGCUGCAGAACAGACUGCGAGAGGAAGAGAAGAACACACAGCAGCUGCAGGAUAAGAUGAGAUUUCAUGCUGAGCAGACAAACCGGCUACUGGCUAUGCAGCAGGAGGAGCAUGAGAAGCUGUUGCGUAGGAUGGAAGAAAGGUUGGAGGAGGUGGAACUGGAUCUAAAGAAUGUGCGGCUCAUGCUUCAAGAGAAAGUUCAUCAGCUAAAGGAGCAGCUUGAGAAGAAUGCCAAAUCUGGCUUGCUGUUGAAAGAUCUUUAUGUGGAGAAUGCGCAGCUCAUGAAAGCACUUCAGGUCACGGAGCAAAGGCAAAAGAGCGCAGAGAAGAAGAACUACCUCCUGGAGGAGAAAAUUGCAGCACUGAAUAAAGUGAUUGGAAGAAUUGCACCUGCCUCUCUCGCAGUCUGACAUUCUCACACUGCAUAUGCGCAAAGUGGGCCAGCAAUGCAGUAUGAUCCGUGUUCACUUGGGGCUCAGCAAGAAUCUGCACUGAAUUGUAGGGCCUGGUGCUUGGAGAUCAGAUGAGGACCCUGAGUCCCCUUGGUUCAACUGAUAACACAGAUAUAGCUUGAGAACCCAGCACAGGGCCUAUACAUUAUGCCUGAGAUAAAGUCUACUGUAGAGAGUAACAAUGCAAAUGACUAUAUGAACUGAAAGACUGGGUGCAGUCACUGUCUGUGAGUACUUGAUAUUCUAGUGGCUGCUGGGCAGCUGCAUAGAAUCCAGUGAAUGCACCUACUGUCUGGAGCACUACCUAGACCAAACAACAAACUAAAAUGGGAGAAAAUUGAUUAUUCACACACCAGUGCAAUUGUUUUUAUUUGUUUUUUUUUAAUUGAAAAAUCCUUUAUUUUAUUUAAAAAAGGCAGUCUCGUAACCCUUGAAAGCCCUUUAAAAGAUGAAGUAACUAAUUGAGAUAUAUUUCAGAAACCCCUUUGAGCCUCACUCUGUAUAUCUAUAUUAGCCAGUGUGUACCAGUGUGUAGGCCAGGCUGAGUCAAGCAAUCCAUUCCCACGAUGGGAACACAGAGCCUGGGUAGAAAUGCAAAAGAUGUUGUUCUGUUUGUCAUAGUCCUAGAGAUGCUAAAUUUGCACUAAAUCCCAUUGUUAGCCUAUGGGUAAAUGCAGAGGAAUUUUUCUGUAAGAAUGUCACCAAAUAUUUUGUUGCAUUUAUUAUUAUUGACCAUAGUGUGAUAAGGAAAGAGUCUUGCUCAUGUAACACUAGCACAAGUACAGCACAAUGGCUUGCACCCUUCACUGAGGUCCCACCCCAGUACUCCUAAAGGAAUUUUCCACAUUAUACAUGCUCAUACUUACUCCAAACCCUACAACCUAAUCUCAGCCAGAAUACUUGUACCCUUAAGGGGUGCCACCUUGUACUUUACCUGCACCCAUUCAUGUUAAGCAGAGUUGGACUGGGGUACCCAAGCCCACAGGUUAUCCAACUCAAUGGCCCACCACCCAGCCACCACCACUCCCCACUUUGCCCCCAACCACUGCAGCUCCACUACUUCCUUCGCUGUUAAAUUAAAGAUUAAAGGACCUGCCAGGGUUUUUCCUAGUAUCCCAGUGCACCAGUUCGAUCCUGAUGUUAAGCAUAAUUAUAAUGCACAGGAGCACUUAUACUUUUGUGCCUGUCACAAGGAGGAAAAAAAGCAGGUGGCAAGCCACCAGACCUGGGUCCAAUUGACCAAACUGCCCAACCAAAUUUGAAGAUUUAUGGCUGCCUUUAAACGUCUGUGCCUUCACUGGUUGACUGUCUAUGACCUCCUGGUGGAUUCACUCUGGUUUCUUUUUAAAAAUUGGCUGGUUAAGAACAAUUUCCAUCCUUCCUUCUCAACUAAGUCAUGACGAAAUGUAUUGUCAGGGAUACGUUUGAACAGCAUGGUGGUAACAUAUGUUGAAAUAACUGCUGGUUGUGAGACAUCCCAUAGCACAUAAGUUAGAGGCAUGGGCCAAUCAGAAGACAAAUGGUGGUUGUAUUGGAGCUGGGCUAAACUAAUUAUUACCUUGAUAUAAUGUGGUUUGUCAUUCUGGCAAUGGAUUCCAUUGUGUAUAUAUAUGUGUGAUGAUUGUACGAUUUACUUGGCAAUUGUACAGUGUUUGUAUACAUGAAUGAAUAAUGUAUAUAUUUAUAUACAGAGAAACAUCCAUCAACCUGCAGGUAUUUAUGUAACAAUGAUGAAUGGAACAGUUUUGGUUUUGUUAUGUACAGACAACACUUUUGAAUACAAGUCUUUCCUAAAA